UUAAUUAAAUUUAAUAAUAAGUCUCUACUAAUAUCUGUUUACCAUGCAGUUGCUCCAAAGAAACCGAACUUCGUGUGGACCACGCCAGCUACGGAAUGCCUUCUCCAAAUGUGGCUGGAAAAUCUGGACGAUUUCCGUGGCAAAGAACGCAAAAACUCUGAUAUCAUGCGGGAAAUGGCCCACGCUAUGUGGGAGUACGAUAUUACUACGGUCGAAAUAAAGGCUAAAAUGGACAACAUGAAGAAGAAAUACCGCAAGGAAUUCCAAAAGAUAAGGUUAUUAAAAAUUGAGCGAUCUAGAUGGAUCUACUUCUCCCAAAUGCGGCAUAUUAUGGAAUAUAAUGAUGACGAUGAUGAGUUCGAGAGCGAUGCAGAGAGCAUACCAAAAACUGCCUAUAAAGGUAAAAUAAAACCCUGUAAGGAUGAGAACCGCCUCACAUCAGAGGAGCCAACGGGAAGCAUUCGUUCGGGAAAUAACUCAGAUUCUUCCGCGGAUUUCGAUUUUCCCGAACUAAACGCCAAGCGCUACAAGCAACAGCGCGAAAAAGCGGUGGGCGAAGAAAUGCUGGCCCUUCAAAGGGAAACUCUAAAUGUUAUGCGAACGAUUGCAGAGGAUCUUUCCAGUUUUCAUGAUAAGUUCUUGAAAGCAUUUGCGCCAAAACGCCAGAAACGCUCUAGACUAAGCUAA